GAUACAUAUAGUACAAAAAAUAAGGAAAAAUUGUUCAAAUCUUCCACCUUGGCAGGCUAUAUUAAAACUGAGCAUCUUUAUUUUACUACAGUGUGACAAAGAAACGCAAACAGUGCCGCUCUGUAGUAGCCCACAUCAACCCAUCACACAGUAGAUCUGCAAGCAUGGUGGUCUGCCCGCUCGCUACCGGCUUUACGCUGGGAGUUUUUGUGGGAACCAAAGUGACUUUGGGUAUGUAUUUCACCCUUCUCGCUAUCGUGAAUUCUGGCAAUAGGGAGGAAGAGGAGGACGAAAAUGCGGAGGAACUCGAAAUGCAACGUGAGUUGCAAGAAUUGCAACUGCUAGAAGCGCUCAGAAACGAUUACGAGGAGCGCAAAAGUUUUAGUCCCUCCAACUUUAUUCGCUCCGAUGUGAAAAGUAACAACUACAACAACUACCCGAUUUCUACGUCUAAAAAGAAGAUCGAACUAGUUAACGAUAUGGAGCACCGACGCCAUAUUGUAGCGAAGAAUUUCUUGAAGCACAAAAAUCGAAGCACUAUCCCCACCAAGACUGUCGUUGCCCGUACCGCUCAGUCCUCCCGUGUGCAGCUGUAUAAUCAGGAUAUUGCAACUAAUUCUAUUAAUUCGAUGAACACAGUGGGAGUAGAAGUUGCCAUGCUGGAAAAGAACGGAAAUCAUUUUUACAACGAGGGCGGGGAUCAGGAAGACUCUGGAGCUUCUACCACUUGCUCGCCCUCUUCCGUCGGGCAUGACAGCAACUAUUCCGACAAUGUUAGCGUCACCGAUUACAUCAACCAGUUGAACAACCAUUUGAAGGUGCAGGCCCCCGAGCCAGCCCCGGCAGCGGCCUCCAAGGCUGCUGCUGCGGCUGAGUUCUGGUUCUAGCUCAGAGUGUUUUGUAAUUGGAUUGCGUACGAAAAAAAUAAAUCGCGAUUUUUACUAUGUACUAGACGUACAUAGUUGUACAGCCAGAAAAGAAAAAUUGCUUCAUAAAUAUCUCUACAUAUAAGAAUUAUCAUGUAAACUGCCUUCUUCAUUUUCAAUAAACCCUUCACAGGAUGUGCUUACACAUUUAUGCUCAGUUCGCUAUGCUACAGUGCUUAUUUUCAAACUUCCCUUUGGGAUUUUAGUUUUCAAUAUAAGAAUUAUCAUGUAAAUGCACAGUAGAUAGUACGGUACCGUAGCAUACAUAGAUAAGGAGAUCUACACAAAAGCGUUACGAUCAUAGGGGGAAAAGAAAACUAAGAAAGACAAAAAUUUUGGAAAGCGACCAUCUUGUCGUGGCCAACUGCGAAAAGUCGUGGCUAGACUUUUGGGUUGCGAAAACAAAUUAUCGGGCAACGUCGAACGGUUUAAUAUCGGAAGUACGUUGCCUAGUUUCUGGGAUACGGAUCUCGUCUUUUUAGUGCAAAUAAAAUGUUGAUUUUUUAUAUCACCCCUGUAUUCCGUGAGGCAUUCUUAUUCACAUUAUGUAUAGCACCUCGAGGAAGUUGCUUCUAGCAUGCUGACUCGGGAGAUAAAAUUGGUGAAAUUGAAGACAGAACUACGGAUAGCAUGCAUAGGCAUAGCGAAGCCAGAGGCAAGCGCAAUUCUCUUGUAGUUACUGACAGAUAUGAAUUCACUCAUCUUAAUUUCAAGAACAGACGAGUUCGCAUUCAUUUUGGGAGCACAUGAUAGGCACGCUUGAGGCAUUGAUUACUAUGGUACAGGACAACAAUUCUACAAAACCAAGUUUGAGAUACAACAGACCUACAGAGGCAACAGAAAAGGAAGACUCUACUGUACAAGUGUGUUUGUACGAACAUGUUACAACAACUAGAGGACGCUACAACCGGGAUUCAGUAGAACUUGACUUGAAAAAAGGCGAUCACUGAACUUUUGCAGCGGUUUUGUAAAAUCAAAGUCAUGAAGAUGAAAGAACAUGAGCAGAAAAAAUUAGAAGUAGAGCCACAACCUGCGCGUGCGUGACAGGCAAGAACCAUACCUCCAGGUCUUAACAAUAACGAAAAGGAGAGUUGUUGUACACCAUGCGACGAUAGUUUUGUAGAAAAUCAAGACACAAGUUGGUUUGCUGUAUGCUGUUGUUAGUUUAGCGUAGAAGGGG